ACCGGGCUUGGAGAGAGCGGGGAGGUGUUGGUAGAGGCGAGCCGGGACUGGCUCGUGAAGAGCUGCCGCCGCCGCCGCCGCCGCCGCUGCCGCCUGGGCUGGGGGGAGGGACCCGGGUCGGCGGAGAGGGAGGGGGCGUCGCCUGUCGUCGCGGGAUGAGGAGAGGCUGCGGGGCCCCGCGCUCCGCCCCGGCGGCCUAGGGUAACGGAGCCCCCGCCCCCCGGGACUCUGGCGGCGUGCGGCCGCCUGUCCCCUCCCUCUCUCACUCCCUCAGUCCGUCCGCUGUCGGACCCUUCGCGUCCGAAGCCUUCCCCACCCCUUUGUCGGUGUGCCGAGAUACUUUCGGGGGUCACCCCUGACCUUCGCCUGGCUCGAGCUUUUGGGCCCCCUAAGUUUGCGGAACUGCCCCGUUAAACGACCCCGGGCGCUCUUGGCAACGAGCUGCCGGCUCCGGUACACAAAACGCGGCCCUAAGCGGCAACCGAAGGGCCUUCGUCCACUCUCCUUAUUUCGGGCCGAGGGGAAAGUUGUCGGGGGAGGCUGGAAACUUGAGAAGCGGAGGGUCCUCUCUGUUUUGGUUGUGUGCGUGUGUGUGGACUCUGACCAGAUAAACUGGCUUAUUGCUGCUUAUCCAGAUCAAGGUGGAUGGCUCAGUCUCCUCCUGGUAUUCUGUAUUCAGGUAGAAGCCUGAGUUUUGAUCUAUGUUCCACCUUCAUCCAGCUGCCUGAGAGGAUUUCAUGAUCACAUGACCCUGGAUAUGGACGCUGUCUUGUCAGAUUUUGUCCGUUCCACGGGAGCCGAACCAGGGUUGGCCCGUGAUCUUUUGGAAGGAAAAAAUUGGGAUGUAAGUGCAGCCCUCAAUGAUUUUGAACAGCUUCGUCAGGUCCAUGCUGGGAACCUGCCCCCACCCUUCAGUGAGGGUCGUGGUGGCCCCAGACCCCCUGAGAAGGGACCUCCUGAAAGGGAGCCCACUCGUCCCCCCCGACCCACCCUUCAUCGUCAGGAUGAUAUUAUCCAAGAGAAACGCUUGUCCCGGGGCAUCUCUCAUGCCAGCUCCAGCAUCGUUUCCCUAGCCCGUUCCCAUGUCUCCUCUAGUGGUGGGAGUGGGGGGAGCAGUGAACACCCUCUGGAGAUGCCCAUUUGUGCCUUCCAGCUUCCAGACCUCACUGUAUUCACUGAAGACUUCCGCAACUUCAUCGAGAGGGAUCUUAUUGAACAAUCCAUGUUGGUUGCCCUGGAACAAGCAGGGCGCCUAAACUGGUGGGUAAGUGUGGACCCUACCUGCCAAAGACUUCUGCCUCUAGCAACAACAGGAGAUGGAAACUGCCUCCUACAUGCAGCUUCUCUUGGGAUGUGGGGUUUCCAUGAUCGAGACCUAAUGCUACGUAAGGCACUUUACUCACUGAUGGAGAAGGGAGUAGAGAAGGAGGCACUAAGACGACGUUGGAGGUGGCAACAAACACAACAGAAUAAGGAGUCUGGGCUUGUGUAUACAGAGGAGGAAUGGCAGAAGGAAUGGAAGGAGCUCAUCAAGCUUGCUUCUAGUGAACCCCGAAUGCACCUAGGGACCAGUGGAGCCGGCUGUGGAGGUGUGGAAAGUUCAGAAGAACCUGUAUAUGAGAGCCUGGAAGAGUUCCAUGUCUUUGUUCUUGCACAUGUGCUUAAGAGGCCGAUUGUUGUUGUGGCAGACACCAUGCUUAGGGACUCUGGUGGAGAAGCAUUUGCCCCAAUCCCCUUUGGGGGUAUCUAUCUACCCUUGGAAGUCCCAGCCAGCCGGUGUCACCGAUCGCCCCUAGUAUUGGCCUAUGAUCAAGCUCAUUUCUCUGCCCUGGUGUCAAUGGAGCAGAAAGAGAACUCCAAGGAGCAAGCAGUGAUCCCACUCACAGACUCUGAGCACAAGCUGCUACCUUUACACUUUGCUGUGGAUCCUGGAAAGACCUGGGAGUGGGGAAAGGAUGAGAGUGACAAUGUCAGACUUGCCAGUGUGACUCUGUCCCUGGAGGCAAAAUUACACCUGCUACAUAGCUACAUGAAUGUGAAAUGGAUCUCUUUACCUUCUGAUGCACAGGCUCCCUUGGCCCAACCAGAGUCUCCCACAGCCUCAGCCGGGGAUGAACCCCGCUCUACCCCCGAGUCAGGGGAAUCUGACAAGGAGUCAGUUGGCAGCAACUCCACCAGCAAUGGAGGAAGUGGUCGAAAAGAGAAGCCAAAGCGAGAUCGAGAGAAGGAUAAGAAGAGAGCAGAUUCAGUUGCUAAUAAGUUGGGCAGCUUUGGCAAGACUUUGGGCAGUAAACUCAAGAAGAACAUGGGGGGCCUGAUGCAUGGCAAGGGGGCUAAGCCUGUUGGAGUUGGGGCAGGGUCCGGGGUGCCACCCAGUGCCAGUGAGAUACUGGACAAGAAAAAGAAAGGAUCGAUCAAGGGCUGGAAAGGCAGCAAGGAGGACACAUCUGGGGAUAUCGUUGUGUCUGAAAAACCCACACCGGAGUCUCCAGGGGAUGGAGGGAGCAAGUACAGCCAGGAGGUGAGGCUGAGCUUGAGCAUUAUGAGAAUUGCAAUGCAGGGGGAACGUAAGUUUAUUUUUGCUGGAAACCUGAAGAUGAGUCACCGACACCAGUAUCAGGAGGAGAUGAUCCAGCGCUACCUGGCAGAUGCUGAGGAGAGAUUCCAGGCUGAGCAGAAACAGAAAGAAGCAGAAAGAAAAAUGAAUGGAGGGGGUGGAAGUGGCCCCCCCCCAGCAAAGAAACCAGAGCCCGAUGGGGGAGAAGAACUCCUGAGCCCCUCCCCACUAGACCCCAAGGCUGCCCUCUCUACCAGCCACCCUGGGGGUUUCACUAUACCCAGGCCAACUGGGGGUGGUCCCCACUGCCAGGACCUUGGAAGGCAGGUGGCAGGGGGUCCCUGUGGAGGACUCCCUUCUUAUGCUACCUUCCCUAGACAGUGCUCCUCAGGGCGGCCCCAUCCCCAUCAGGACCCAGUUCCUUUGGAGAGAGACAGUCAUUCUGUGGAUGGAAACCAAGGGGGAUCAUUGUUACCCUCCCCCUAUCGUGUGGCAGACAACUACAGUAAUGGCUACAGGGAGCCCCCAGAGCCAGAUGGUGCUGGUGAAUGGGGUGGAGGGACAGUGGAAGACUUGGGGCUUCCCCUGACUCAGACCAAGUGCAAACAACCAAACUGCACCUUCUAUGGACACCCCGAGACCAGCAACUUUUGUUCCUGUUGCUACCGAGAUGAACUGAAGCGGAGGGAGCAGGAAAGGGGUGGAGAGCUGUUGGUACACAGAUUCUGAAUGGGGGUGGAAGCUGGGAGGGUAAGGGGGCAAAACAAAGAGAGGUAAGCGCAACUCCUUGGCUCAUCGUGACCCAGCCUGCUGUGGGUGGGGCUAAUGCAAUAACUUCUGUGGGACCCAACCCAGGCUUCAGGGUGUUGGGGGGAUGGUAGCCCUGGCUGCGAGGAGCUGACCUGGACCAGGUUGGGGGACUUAAGGAAGGUACCUCCCAAUAGAAGUAAGAUCCGUGGAACUGGGUUUGUCAGGGUAAGAGAAGCAAAUGGGACAUUGUUGUGGUUCCACUGAAUAACCCAUCUUGGAGAGUGUUAAGGGACAGUUGGCUAAUGGGACACCAUGAGGCUAGUAGAGAAAUAGGCUUGAGGUAGGAGGAAUAAAAGACCAAAUUUCUUGGUAGGUGGAAAAGUAUGUGACAGAGGGGAGGUUAAAAUAAACUUAACUAUGGUUAGGAUUCAAGUAGAAAGUAGGGUGGGAUCCUCCCUGGAAGAAUGGCUGGGAUGGGGUGGGAGAAGAGGGCAGUGUUUAGUUUUAAUCACGAAGUUUAUUAUUUCCUAGUGAUGGAAGGAAAUAAUCUUCCUACAGUUCUGUUUCCUCCUUUAAAAAAACAUUUUAAGAAGUCUGUGUCAUUUAUUCCAGUUUGGGGGGAGGAUUGUUUGUUCUUUCCUACCCUUUUCAAAGUCACAGUUCAUUUGGGUUGAGGUAGCUGCCAGUUGAUGGGUUAUGGUUUAUUUUUAAUUUUAAUUAUCUUAGCUUUAAAGCCUUUUGUGGAGGAAUAGAGGCAGAAGAGCAACUUGAGUGUUUUGGGUUUUUUUUUUUUUCUGGAUGAAUUUUGCAGAGAGCUUGUAGAGAUCAUGAUUUUUGGCCAUAUCAGUAACUAAACAUGGGGGUGAAAUAUAGCCUUGGCUUGGCGGGUGGGAGAUAACUGGCAAGACUGUUAAA